UCCCUCCAACGCCAUAGGCUUCUUAUUGCCUUAACCAAGCCCAAUAAGAAGCACAGGCACAUGGACCUCUUUUCUCAAUCUCUUCUUUACUUGGCCAUUCUUUACAUCUCUCUCUCCAUUCUCUUCCUUGUCUUCAGAAAGAAACCUUCACCACCCAAUCUCCCACCAGGCAGAAGAGGAUGGCCCCUCAUUGGUGAGUCCCUGGAGUUCGUUGGCACCGCGAAAGGCGGCUGCCCUGAGAAGUUCAUAGCUGACAGGACUGCCAAGUACUCAUCGGAGGUCUUCCAGACUUCGUUGCUCGGCGAGAACCUGGCGGUCUUCUGCGGGGCCUUGGGCAACAAGUUCUUGUUCUCGGGCCAGAACAAGUACAUCACCACGUGGUGGCCCAGCUCCAUGAAGAAAGUCUUAGUCUUCCCGGAGACCCUAGAGAAGUUUAACAAGGACGAUCCCAAGAAAAUGCGCAGCUUCUUGCCAGAGUUCCUGAAGCCAGAGGCUCUCCAACAUUACAUACCGAUCAUGGACUCGAUGGCCAGGGAUCACUUGGACACGGAUUGGUUGCGACGAGAGGAAGUUGAGGUCUUUCCUUCGGCCAAGAACUACACUUUUUCCCUAGCUUGUCGCCUUUUCAUGAACAUCAAAGAUCCGAAGAUUGUCUCAAAAUUUGCCGACCCGUUCGCUUGUAUCGCCCCUGGGCUCACUUCGGUGCCGAUUAAUCUCCCUGGCACGCCAUUUAGCAAGGCGGUCGAGGGAGGGAAACAAAUAAGGGAAGAGCUCCUGGCGAUCAUUCGGCAACGGAAGAAGGAGCUCUCAGAGGGAAAAGAUGCUAAUGCCAGGGACUUGUUGUCUCGGCUGCUGCUCGAAGCGGACGACGACGGGAGCGUGUUCUAUGAGAUGGAGGUCUCGAACAAGAUCAUUGGAUUGCUCAUCGCGAGUCACGACACAACCAGUACUUCAAUCACCGUCGCGGUGAACUUUCUGGCCCAAUUCCCUGAUGUUUUCCAGCGAGUAUAUGAAGAACAAAUGGAGAUAGCAAAGUCCAAGGGUCCAGAUGAGCUAUUGAACUGGGACGACAUCCAGAAAAUGAAGUACUCGUGGAACGUUGCCUGCGAGUCCCUAAGGCUUUGUCCACCUGCUCAAGGCGCAUUCAGAGAGGCCAUUACAGAUUUCACUUUUGCUGGCUACACAAUUCCAAAGGGUUGGAAGACAUUUUGGACAGUAUAUUCAACACACAAGAAUCCCAAGUACUUCCCUGAUCCGGAGAAGUUCGAUCCAUCCAGAUUCGAGGGGGAUGGGCCAGCACCAUUCACUUAUGUCCCCUUCGGAGGAGGUCCUCGCAUGUGCCCGGGGAAGGAGUAUGCGAGACUCGAGCUGCUCGUUUUCAUACACAAUCUGGUGACAAGGUUCAAAAUAGAGAAGGCCAUCCCAGACGAGAAGAUCAUCUACAAUCCGUCGCCGGUCCCUGCCAACGGUCUUCUAAUUCGCCUUCGAACUCAUAACUAAGCAGGCUAGUAGGAGGAUAUGCUCCAUAUGGAUGUUUAGGACACUGUUUGUAUGUUUGCUGAUGGAUCGUCACUCGGUAGAGUUCAUAGAGGAGUGCGUGGCGAUGCAAUAAAACCAAUGUGGU